AUGUCGCAGACUAGAGCGGUUGAUGAUGACUAUGACGCCAGAGAGUUGAAAUUUCAGAAAGAAUUCGAAACCGCGGAGACUCUAAUGAUAUCUGAGGUGAAGUUUCUUCUAGACCACAGAAAAGAGCAAAAUGAAAACAAUCCCGUUCAUGAACUUGAGCUGUCUAACAAUUUUAUUAAGACUUACCGAUACAUUUCCCGCCUUUCGGAGUUUAAUAACAGAGAAACCAUUGAAAGUGUCCGAAAUUUGUUGGUGCAGAGGCACCUUCACAACUUUGAGCUUGCAUCGAUUGCUAACCUUCUUCCCGAUAAUGUAACCGAAGCGCGAAGCCUCAUCCCCAGUUUGGACAAACUUCGUUUUCCGGAUGAAGAACUUCAGCAAAUCCUCGAUGAAGUCCAUUCCAAGAGAAGCUUUCAGUCCUCAUAA